CCUCCCAAUUCCUCUGAAUUUAAUCAAUAAGGGAAAUGACCAGCCAUCAGGCGUCUUUCGGCACGCCGCGAGGACGGGUGCUUUUAUAGAAUAAGAUUAAAAAACCAAUCCAGCUUUGGACGACAAGAAAUCUAAUUGCUGAGGAAAGUAAAAAUCUUGUAAAGUAUGGAGGAAGAAAAUGAAACGGCAAAGUCUUCGAAUCAAGAAGAAUAUAAAGAAUUCGAAAGAACUCUGGUUCUCAUCAAACCGAACGCCAUUUCAAAAUCAGAAGCCAUUGAAUCUAUUAUCAAAGAGGAGGGCCUACUUAUCUUGAAGAAAAGAAGAACUUAUCUCAAACCAGAACAGGUCAGGAACUUCUUCCUGCGGUGCUUGGAUGAGGAAGACAACAAAUACUUCCGGAUCUAUAGAGACAUGAUGGCUGCUGAAGCCGCAGGAUUUUCGAAGAGCGCCGUGCCGGACAUCAGAAUAGAUGAUGCUGACACAAAAGUCGAGAACUCCGACAUAGAAGAGUACGUGGACUUCAUGACCAGCGGACCAGUAGAGCUUCUCAUCGUUGCCGGAAGAGGAGCCAUCUCCAAAUGGCUCAACUUAAUGGGUCCAGAGGAUCCAAAGAUGGCUAGAGCAUUGAAUCCUGACAGUAUUCGUGCCAAGUUUGGAGGAGAAAAUAUCUUACGAAAUGCUGUAUAUGGCAGUGAAAGUAUUGAUAAAGCAGAACAAGAAAUUAAGUAUUUUUUUCCUAAUGUAAGGUCUGAAGCUGAUGAUAAACUGAAGGCUUCCGGAGAAUAUCUCUCCAAGACGGUCAAUCCUAUUUUGUUGAAAGGCUUGAUGCAAUUGUGCAGACAGAAGCCAGACAAUCCUCUGGUGUGGUUGGCUGACUGGCUUCUGGCCAAUAAUCCAACGAAAUCCUGACGCAAUCAAAAUUCAAUGUAUUUAUGUAUUUUCGAAAUGUAGAAAAGAAGAAUAUUUAGAAAAAUAUAAAUUUUAUUCCAUCACAAUAA